UUGAAUAAUGUGCGAAGUUAUCGUGUUAUUUGAUGGAUAUUCCACAAAAUUUACAGACGGAACAAUGAAAGCAAAUUGUUCUUGUACAUUAAUAAAAGCAUCGAAAAAUAUUAUUGUUGAUACCAUGACAGCUUGGGAUCGCGAGAAAAUAAUACAAGCACUCACUCGACAUGAUAUUACACCUGAUGAAAUUGAUUACGUCGUUUGUAGUCACAGCCAUGCAGAUCAUAUAGGGAACAACAAUCUUUUUACAAAUGCAGAACACAUAGUUGGAACCUGUGUUCAUCGUGGUGAACUGUUUUUUGAAACAGAUUUAAAAAACGAGGAAUAUAAACUUUGUCCAGAAGUUAAAGUCAUAGCUACUCCUGGUCAUACAUCGGAUGAUGUUACAGUAUUGGUUGAAACUAUAGUUUCUGGAAGAUCUACUACCUUUGCUAUUACAGGAGAUUUGUUUGAAAAAGAAGAGGACAUCUUAGAUCCAUCAAUCUGGAAGGAUGUAGGAACCUUGGAAUUACAAAAGACACAAUCAGAAAUGAGAGUUUAUGUAAUAAAUUUAGCAGACUUUAUCAUUCCUGGACAUGGAUCAAUGUUUCAUGUUACUGAUGACAUGAGAAAGAUUGUAAGAGACCAAGUAAUUAGAUAAUAUAAUGGUGAUGGUAUAAUGCAAAUGUUUAAAUAUAUUUUGAAUAUUUCAUAUUGUAUGAGACUGUAGUUUUUACAUUCUGGAGUUGUAAAGUAGUUAAAGUUGCAGAGUUGGUAAUCAAUGAAAUUUAACUUAAUUCUAAUUCAUUCUUGUAAAGACUUUAUUAAACACUGUAAAGUGUAGUACAUAGUAUCACAACAUCAGUAUUCGAUAUAUGUAUACAUACAAUCAUAAUUAUUACAUAUUGUUCAAUUCACAAAUAUAUAGAAAAGGGCAUUUUAAUUGCUACGUGCUAAAAUCCAGUUUGUAUGCAAUAUUAUAAAUCAAUUAAAAUAAUUUACUAAGUAAAUACAUGUAAUGUAAAAAGAAUAGCAUAAUACAUACGUUGUAGGUACAGUUUCUUAAUAUGCUGCAUUUUGAAUAUUCAUUUCUAGGAUGUAAACUACAUGCUUCAAUGUUUUUUUUUAAACAGUCACAGCCAACAUCUAAAGUAAGAAUUCGUGUAUCUUUAUCAACCAUUUUUAUGUCCAGUAGAUUUAUAUUCAGUAGCUUAAAUCUUGAUGAUGAUAAAUCAUAAUUAAAUACACUUGUACACACAUUAUGUACAUUAAAUAGCAUUGUAGAAGAAAUUAUUAAUGAACAUCUAACAAUUCGAUAAAUUUAUUGAAUAUUGCCAUCAGUGACAAUAUUAUGUACUUCUCAAAAAUAAUUAAAUUACAUUUUUGCAAACAAUAUUAUUUUAUUUAGUUUUUAUAAUAAUUAUAGCUUGUAAUGUGCACUUCUUAGUAGUUUUUAAAACUGUGUCAUGUAUUUAAAACAUAUUAAACUUUCGCUUUUAAUGAUUUUCGUAAAAGUGAUCAUUAUUUAUUUCGUAUCUUUUUAAACUAUAUAAGCUUUGGCACUAGUCUUACUUGCCGCGUGUUGAAAUUUUUCAAGUAUACUGCUUCGUUUUAACCGACCAGACUUGCUUACCAAUUAUGCACACUUUCCAUAUUUUAAAAACACCUAUAUAAAUACAAACUAUAAUAUAAUAAGGAUGUAUCUUCGUAUCAUCAUACACUUAGUGUCCUGCACCUUGAAUGCAAAUGCAACUGUAUAUGCCAGCAAAAUCAAUUUGCUGAACAACAAAUUAAGUUCUAUGUCCAAAUAAUUGUAUUACAACUGUAACUGUCCAUUCUUAUCAAACUAUUGCAUGAUACAUCCAAAUAUAAUAAUAUGAAAUCAUAUCAUAACUUUUACUAUUAAUAUGUAUUAGAAAAGUUAACAUUUUUAACAUACGGAAAUGUAGCCUCAAGGAUAUCAAUUUAUUGUCACUGUGUUAAUGUAAGAAUUGUUUAUAAAUAUAGCGUUUUUUUUUUUUUUUUUUUUGACAAAA